AUGUUUGUUUUAUCAGUUAUUUCAGACGUUGUCAAAAUUCAUCCGUCUGAUUUUUGGAAACCCACAAAAGAGGCUUUAAGUGACGAGAUUAACAAAAAAUACGCCAAUAAAGUGAUUCAACAAGUUGGUCUUGCUAUUGCAAUUUUUGAUUUUUUGACUAUUGGUGAGGGUAUCAUAAAAUUUGGUGAUGGUUGCUCAUACAUGAAUGUGAAGUUUCGCCUGUUGGUAUUUAGACCAUUCCGGGGUGAGGUUAUGUUAGGUCGGAUUAAGUCAUGCACAGAACUUGGAAUAAGAGUUACCCUUGGCUUCUUUGACGACAUUUUUGUUCCUAAGGAAAUGCUCCCUGAUCCAUCCGUGUACAACGCACAAGAACGGGCUUGGGUUUGGAGGGUGCCAUCUGAGGAAACCGAUGGUGAACCGUCAGAACUGUUCAUGGAUGUCGGUGAAGAAAUUCGUUUUCAAAUUGAAUCGGAACAUUUCAUUGAUAUCUCUCCGAGUCGGCCAUCUGCAAACAGUGCGGCAGCAACUACGGACGUUCGUACAGAGGCUGAAGCCCCUUAUUCUCUUGUGGCAUCAUGUUCCAAGGAUGGUCUGGGCAUUCCUGCUUGGUGGAAUUAG